AUGCCCCCCAACGUCGCCCUCAUCAUAACCAGCACCCGCACCCCCCGCGUCGGCCCCUCCAUCGCAACCCUCAUACACACCAUCCUCACAAACCACAUAUCCUCCACCCCAACCUCAACCUCAAACCCUCCUAAAGCAAAAGCAAAAGCAACCCUCUCCAUCGUCGACCUCGCCCCCUUCAACCUCCCCAUCUUCAACGAACCCGUCGUCCCCGCCAACGUUCCCGCACGCGGCACCUUCAUCCACGAGCACUCCAAGCGCUGGUCCGCCGAAAUCGCCUCCCACGACGCCUACAUCCUGCUCGUCCCCGAAUACAACUACGGCAUGGCGGGAAGCACAAAGAACGCAAUCGACUACCUCAAGAACGAAUGGGCCGGCAAGCCCGCCGCCGUCAUCAGCUACGGCAUCUCGGGCGGGAAAAUUGCCUCCGAGCAGGUCGUUACUUCGCUCUCCGGGGUUGGGCUCAGGGUUGUCGAGACGAGGCCUCAGCUUGCGUUUGUGGGCGGCGUCGGUCCGGAUGCCUUCUUGGCUGUCGGGGAGGGCAAGUUGGGCGAGGAGACGAGGAGGCAGUGGGAGGAGAGGCAUGCGGAGGAGAUUGUGCAGUCUUUUGAGGAGAUUCUCGAGGCGUUGGCGAAUCCUCCUGCUGAGAAGAAGGAAUGA